CAACGUCAAUCGUGUCUAUUCAGCCUGAACAUGCUCAAGACAAGGAGUGUGCAGUCUAUUUGUGCAUCAUGUCGCCUUAACCUCGCCAUCUCUCGAGCGCGCAAUGCGCGAUUACCCGUACAGGCACAGCUUGUACCACGACAUUUGCGAUCGAGCGCGACGAAUUUCCUAACACCACGAAGAACGCUAUUCACAACAAGUAUACAGAAACAAUUGACCCAGGAGCAUGCAGUCGGCUCCGAAGAACUACCACCAACGCCUGCUGAAGGACUGAACAUCGAAGUCAAUGCGCGGAGAGCGAGACAGCAAUUUGGCGACGCAUUACCACGGAAUCAUUUGAGCGAUGAGGAAUACACGGUGUACGAAAGAUUGUAUGGGACACCGGUAUUCGUGGAUAAUGUCGAAGACUUGCAAGAAGUGGAUACUGUAGCCGAAGAGGAGAUCAUCGAGGAGGAAUUGCCCGAUGGAUCCAUAGUCCUGCUGAGAAAGGGCGAGAAUGGCGAGCUUGAGGAGAUUGAGGUCAUCGAUGAAACCGAAGAUGUAAUACAGAGCGAAGAAGGGGACCUCGACGAAGAGACAAGGACGCCAGAGGAGUGGGAGGAAUACAGGGAGCAGAAGGCACAGACGUAUCAUGAAGGAGUCUAUGAAAAGAGUCGGCUAGCACAGGAGGAAACAGAGACCUGGGAAGACAUAGAAGAGGAUGAAGACUUCAUGCGCGCGCACCCUUUGACUGUCGCAGGUCGCUUCAAGCCUGCUCCUUCGACGGUCUUCCUCCCGAAAGAAAACUUCGUUGACCCAACGGCUCUCCUCCUCACCCGCGCGAACCACAAGCACCUCGCCGAGUCCGCAAAUCGUAUUUUCGGCGGCCGGGGCCUUCCAAACUCUGCUAGCACACCACCAGCGCGCAUGGGCAACGAGCAGAAGCCAAUCCCAUUGAACCCUUCGCAAGCAGAUAUGGGCCAUAUCGAGGCGGAUGUGUAUAUGGCAGCUGUGCAGCCUGGUACGUACGCGAGCGUCAUGAGCGCUUUGGUCGAAGUUCGCCGUCGGCUAGGAGCACCGUGGUUAGAACACAUGCUACGGAAAAAGAAGGGGGGCGCGAUACUGGAUGCUGGAUCUGGUGGCGUUGGUGUACUUGCGUGGCACGAGAUACUACAAGCGGAGUGGCAGCGAAUGCACGAAAAAUCUGGGAACCUUUCACAAGAUGCCACCCCGCUGGGUAAGGCGACGGUGUUGACAGCCUCUGACACGUUACGACACCGUGCGAGCAAACUACUGGAAAACACAACUUUCAUUCCUCGACUACCAGAAACUGUAAUAGCAGAUGGAGAGGAUAACACGCAACAACCCCGCAAGUUCUACGAUCUUAUCAUCGCACCACACACGCUCUGGUCUCUUCGACAAGAAUACCUUCGCAAAGAACAGGUCGAGAAAUACUGGUCCCUCCUCAACCCCAAGGGUGGCGUGCUCGUACUUAUCGAAAAAGGCUUGCCCCGUGGUUUUGAAGUCAUUGCUGGCGCUCGCUCGCACCUUCUGAACAAGCACAUCGCUUCGCCCGACUCGGACACCAUCGAAGCCUCAGUAGAGUCCCAAGUCUCUAGGCCUGACGAAGAGACUAGGUUUACAGAAAAGGAAACGGGCAUGAUAAUUGCCCCGUGUACAAACCACAACACAUGCCCCAUGUAUCAAUCUCCUGGUGUCAGCAAUCGAAGAAAGGACUUUUGCUUCUUCAGCCAGCGCUACAUACGCCCUCCAUACCUCCAACGCAUAUUGAACGCCAAAGACAAAAACCACGAAGAUGUGCAAUUCAGCUACCUCGCGGUCCAACGCGGCCGCGACCUGCGCCUCCCAGAACACGACAUCACCGGCAAAGGCUUCUCACAGUCCGUAGCCUCCACCGACGCUGCUUUUGAAGGCCACGAAUGGCACGCCUCCUCCAACCCCGACGCGGAUUUGGAAACCGAGGAGCCUACCUUGACUUCCGUAGAGGAUGUGAAUCCUCUGACAUUUCCCCGCCUCAUCCUCCCUGCCCUUAAACGCCGCGGUCACAUCAUCCUCGACGUCUGUACCCCAGCAGGAACUCUCGAACGAUGGACCGUCCCACGCUCCUUCAGCAAGCAAGCCUUCCGCGACGCCCGAAAAGCGCGCUGGGGCGACCUAUGGGCCCUUGGCGCAAAGACGCGGAUACCUCGCAACGUACGACUCGGCCGCCCAACGGACGAGUAUGAUAAGAAGGGUAGGAAGGUGAAGAAGGCAAAGCACGUUGUUAUCGAACUUGGGGUUGGCGAGAAGGACGGUAGAGCUGUGGAGGAGGGCGAGGCGAGGGUGUUGGGCAAGGGAGGGAGAAUGCUGGUAGGAGAUCGCGAUGGGAGGUAUACUAGCGAUCGGAAGAUUAGGGGGAGUGGGGGAAGGAAAGGAAGAAAGAAGAGUAUCGACCGUGAUAUUUUGGAAGAUUUGUAAACGGAUUUGUAAACGGAUGGGUGUUAUGAGUAUGUGUAUACUAUGUACUAAAGGAAAGCAUUGGGCGGCGUUUGGAAAUCGCCUUGAGUGCUAGGUUAUGAUCUGUAUAUGAUAUGAAGACUCCUCUUCCACCUACUCCGCGUAGAUGAACAGCUCGCAACUUCAGGCGGGUA